AUGGCCUUUUCCGCGAAAAAGAGAGAAUCAGUCAUCAGCUUGCAGUGCCAUAGUAAGGAUAUCAAACUUGCCUUUACAGCUAGAUAUGGCAUUGGCAGUGAAGAAGAAAUGGAAGUUGAAAAUGAAUCUGUUUGUAGACUUGACUGCACUUUGUUCUCUUCAAUAGUGGAGAAAAUUCCACAUGAAGUAACACUGGAAGUGAGUGACUUCAGGGAUGCCAGCUCCAGUAAGAGCAUUCACUUCAAGAGUUCAAACAUUGAGUGCAAUGUAACAGGGAAGGUUGGUUUCCUGGAAGAUUUUGUGAAGUCCCCAGAGGAUUUCAUGAAAAUUAUCACACUCGUAAGUCUUCAUGCUUUGGGAAAGGAUAUCAAAGGUCCUCAUUUGUUUCCUGGAGAGGAGGUCCUAUUUGUUAGAGAAAAUAACAUAGAUGGAGAGGCAAUAACCUAUGAGAAGACGAGUGACCUUGCAGGGUACAUGAUCACUCUUAAUGAAUGUCAAAAAAUAAACAGUUUUGUUUAUCAAGGAAACUUUCAGCUGACAAGUGUCCUGUGGCUGUUGUCAGAAUUUGCUGUUACAAAGUUUUGUAAGGGAAGAGAGUAACAAGAUUAGAGGUAACUUGACACUGCUGAAAAAGUUAUGGGAAAUAUGUAAAAUAAACAAUGGAUAAGGGGAGAGGAUUUAAGAGAGUUUGUCUCAAAUGGCAGUCAUGAAAAUGUGAACUUGUGUUGUUUUGGCUGUCUAUGCAGUGUCAGAAUGCAAUGCCUACUUAUCCCCAGACUUCAGAAACAUCUGGCAGAAAAUGUGCUCUUUCACAGUAGGUGGAGCAAGCUGAGUCCUUGUAGAUUUUUAAACAUUGAAUUAAAAAUUACUUGUUUUUAUAACUUCCCUUUUUAAAUUUUGUUCCUAUAAGGCUGCUUUUAAGUUUCUUAAUCUUAAAUUGUACCUCAUAUAAUGUUAGGAAUAUAUUUGAAGUUUAUUUUUAACUAGUAAUUUCUACAACAGUAUGGUUAGUUUUCAACACCAGGGCCCCUC